GUUGAACAAUGAUGACGAUAAUAUCGCAAGCCAUGUUCCUGCUGAUCCUAGCCAGCGCCUGGACUCUGUCAGAGGCCUAUCUGCCCGAUGUCAAUAUCUUUACCAAUUACCGAACCGAAGUCUAUAAUGGUAUACCCUCGGAGAUUGACACCACACCCUUUGUUAGGAUCGGGGACAAUUACUACUAUAUCGAACCGAUGAACAAAGUGAAUUGGUUCCAGGCGGCAGGAGCAUGUCGCAUGAUGAACGCCCACCUGGCCUCCAUCGAGGACAAACCGGAAAUGGAGGCCCUGAUCAAAUAUAUGAACGCAAAGGGAUUUAAGAAUAACGAUUACUUCUGGAUAUCGGGCAACGAUCUGGGCACUGAGGGUGCCUUCUACUGGCUCUCCAACGGAAGGCCCAUGACCUAUGCCCCCUGGAAUGGGCCAAAACAAAUGCCGGACAACUAUGGGGGCAACGAGAAUUGUGUCCACAUGUUUGCCACCCGGGAAAUGAUCAACGACGCCAACUGUAAGAUCCAAAUGUUGUAUGUGUGUGAGGCCACGGAACCCAAGACAUUCAAAUUCACCUACAUCAAGUGGUGAGCCCAAGGGGGAAAAAAUUAAAUAAAAUAAAUUAAAUUUACAUUCUCAGACCUAAA